UCGCCGCCGGGGUGAGAGAGGGCUUGUGGGAACGCAAGAUGGAAGGUAGAGCGGAGCGAAUGUUGUGGUAGCAUCCUGUCAACUGUGAGGAAGAAAAGACAAGUUUGGAGGAGAGAGGCGUAAACCGCGGUCAUGUCAGAUCUGCCUUUACGGCAGCAGGACGAGCUUCGGGGCCCGCCGGCGAGAAAAGGCUUAGCGCGACAGAGCUUCCUGCUGCUGGACGAGAGCGAGAAUUUAAAGGUGAACAAUGAAGCAGCAUUCCUGGACAUGCUGGGCUGCUAUACUGUGGACAGUAUCAAGGUCCUUUCCAUCUUUGGCAAUACAGGUGAUGGCAAGUCCCACACACUAAAUCACUGCCUCUUUGGAGGCAAAGAGCUGUUUCAUACUUCUCCACUACAAGAUUCUUGCACUGUUGGAAUAUGGGCGGCAUAUGAACCCAAACUGAGGCUGAUAGUCCUGGACACCGAAGGCCUGCUUGGAGCUACAGCCAACCUGAACCAACGUAUGAGGCUGCUGCUAAAAGUGCUUGCUGUGUCAGAUGUGGUAGUGUAUCGCACACGGGCAGAACGCUUACAUAAUGACAUGUUCCAGUUCCUUGGCAAUGCUUCUAGUGCUUAUCUUCGUUAUUUCACCCCUGAGUUACGUGCUGUGUCCAGUCGCUGUGGCUUGGAGGUACCAUUGUCUAGUCUUGGCCCAGCAGUUGUGGUGUUUCAGGAGACUACACGUACAAACGUACUUGGCUCUGAGAGUGAUAGCCCCGGCCAAGCAGACAUCCUACUGCAGAAACGCUUCCAUGAUCUUGGUCUAACAACUGAGGCAUUUAACUCGGUGCAGUAUGUAGGUGUGCAGACUAUUAUACCACCAACAGACUACUCAGGACUUCAUGCUGCCAUCCAACACCAAGUAAAGAACACAACCACUCGCUCGCCUAGACAUCCUUCCAUUGUUUUCAGUGCAUUGCAGGCACUUAGUGAACGAUUUUAUGGGGAAAUACCAGAUGAACGACUAAACACAUAUUCUUUCUUUCCUGAUGAGUAUUUCACAUGCUCAUGUGUCUGUCUUAGCUGUGGGGUUCGCUGCAAGAAUGGCAUGAAUCAUCUCAAAGAUCAUAUUCCCCAUUUAGCGGAUGGCUUGUGCCAGUACACACACCAAUAUAACAACAAGGUGCUCAUCUGUAAGAAAUGCUAUGAAGGAGGCAGGGAGAUGAUAGUGAUUCCAAAAACAUCAGCCGCAAGUGACAACCCCUGGAUUGGAUUAGCAAAGUAUGCCUGGUCUGGGUAUGUGCUUGAGUGUUCCAACUGUGGAAUUAUUUAUCGCAGUAGACAGUACUGGAUGGGGAAUCAGGAUCCAGAAAGCAGUGUUGUGCGGUCAGAAGUUAGACAUGUCUGGCCUGGGAAUGAAACAUUUUCAAUAAAUCAUCAAAACGCUGGGAGACGUGUGUUAGAUGGGGUUAACUUUGUGAUCCAGUCAGUGACUGAAUAUAGCUCUGGACCAAGUAAAGCUGUAACAGCCUGGCUUACUGACCAAGUGGCACCCCCCUACUGGAAACCAAACGCAGACAUAUUGGUGUGUAAAGGCUGCAGAAAACACUUUGCGCCAUCCCAAAGGAAACACCACUGCCGCUCCUGUGGAGAAGGCUUCUGCCAAGAUUGUUCUAGCAAGACCAUGCCAGUGCCUGAGAGAGGCUGGGGGAGUGUGCCAGUUCGGGUUUGUAAUGCCUGCUACCAACAAGGACCAAGAAUCUCCAAGGAGUCUAAGGUGGAGCCAACAGGGCUGAUUGCACGAAAGGUUACAGAGGUGGCACAGAGCACACUAGACUUUGUUUCAACAGCAGUGGAGUAUCCACUUGGGUUUGUUAAAGAAGUGGCGAGACCUGAUUAUUGGGUGCCAGACAAUGAAAUCGUAAAGUGUCACAACUGCUCCAUACCCUUCACACCAAUGAUGUCUAAGCACCACUGUCGGUCCUGUGGUCAAGGUGUCUGUGACCAUUGCUCCACUAAACGGCGCCCAGUGCCUUCUCGUGGUUGGGACCACCCUGUCCGGAUCUGUGAUGAAUGCUGUUCCUAGAAAGGCAGUCUGUAACUGUGAAUCGUUCAAACACAAUAUGCUGAUAACAGAUGGCCAAGAAACAACAGGGUGGACAACUUUAGGUUCCUUGUAAAUUUUAGAGAUCUUAAUGGACGUUCUAUGCAUCUGUAACUGGAGCAAAUCUUUAUAUUUCUGCUCAUUUUAGUUUGCAUUUUGAACCUCUCAUUGCCUAAAUUUAAGGUUACCUUAAUUAACUUGGAGUAAUGCUUUUCAAAGACAAUCCACUGUCUUGAGUGUUAAUUUAACAUGCUAUGGGCGACUGUUUUUUCUAAGAAAUUUCCUUUAUUGAAAGGCUUGUGCCCUGUACAUAAUGUUGAUUAAGGAACCCCACAGUUUGCAAGAUUUUAGUAGAGCAAUCUUUAUGUUGAUGCACACACAGCUAACUUGUAUUGUACUGUCUGUAUCUGUGCACACCACCUGGCAGGCAUAACCCUGUUUUUUUGCUCAUUGAUUUGACAGCCAUGCACAAAAUAACUCUGUAUGCUAAUGAAAGAAGACAAAAUUAAGAAAGGAAAAGACAGAUUGACUGACAAAUGAGAAUUUUUUUAAGGUAAUAAGAGAUUUGAAUAUUAUGUUCUCCCCAUACAAGGUAAGAUGCCAGUUACACCUUGUUAGUAACGUAUUUAUGUUGCAUUUUUAAAGACCAAACAGCAUUGAUGUUUCUAAAGCCUAUUUUCUGUUGCAUCUCACCUUGACCUAUCAAUUUGUGAGUUGCCACGUGAAAUUACGUGCCUGUGUAUGGACUGGAUGUCACCACUGCCCUUUUUAUUAAGUUAUUUUAUUGGGCGACACACAGCAUUCAGUAGCACUUUUGUAGUCUGAUUCAAUGUCUGUGUGAAAUCAUUUUAUUAGCAGUUGUUGGAGAAUAGGACGGUGACUCCUUAUUCAAAAUUGAAUAAAACACGCUGCAAACUGUGUCACAUCUACAUAAGUAAAAGUGGUAGUCUUCUUGAAUGGUAGAGAUAUUCCAAAACCACAUUUGAAACAAGACAAUCAUUCGAGCACAGCCUACCUCUGCUGCUGCCUGUAGGAUUGGACGUUUAACAAGCUGAGCACUUGUAAAAUUAGAUUUUUGACAAAGUUUUUAGGUGAUUUAUUUUCCUCCUGGUAUCCAUUAGUAAAUGGAUGGAUGGAUGAAAAUGCAAAUUUUUUUUUCUUCUUUUUUAAUUUUUUUUUCCAUUAAUUAAAAUGAAGUUUUAUGUAAAUUAGGCGAUUUUUGUAUUUGUAGGGUUAAUAACCACAAUUGCACAUUUAAACUGUUCAAGUCUUAAAAUUAGCAAUGUUUAGGGAAAUUAUAGAGAUUAUAGGCAUGAAUUAACUUUGAUAGUUUAUUUUAAUGGUGGAGUGAUAAUCCAUCGUGCAUUUGAAGGAAUCUUGUCUUGUCUAUACUUUGUAUAAUAGAGAUGACAAAAGUAAUCUGAGCUGUUUCAAGUCACUUUUGUACUGCUCUCUCCAGACAAACAACUCUUCUAGCUUGAUCAUGAGGACUGGAAUGGCAUCUCCUGUGUAAGAAGCUAUAAUAUGAAACUGAUUGAGUUUUUUCACGGCCUCGUUCUGUGUUUGAGCAUUGUAACCCUAUGUUAUAAUGUUUACAUAUCAGAUUCAGUUAUAGCGUAUUUACUCACCUUUUCUUUUUUCCUGAGGAAAAGACAACAAUCUGUAUAUACCUGUAGAUCAAUGUUACUGGACGCACUUUAAAAAAGAAUUAUUAUAUUCAUACUAUGAUGUAUAUUUUUAAAUCUAAUUUCAUUUGAAAUAUUAUAUUGCAAGACAAGUCUAACUAAUUCAGUUUUGCCUAGUAAAUUUUCCUAAAACA